CCCUCCGCGCAGGCGCCGUGGUGCGAUGGUGGCCGCCGCCUCGCCGUGAGGGCCGGGCUCGGGGGCCCCGCCGCCUCGCCGUGAGGGCCGGGGGCUCGGGGAGCGAUGGCGGCGGGCCCCGGCGGCGGGGCGGCGGCGGCGGGCGGCCCGGGGUGGCGGCUGCCGGGGCGGGUGCUGGAGCUGGUGUUCUCGUACCUGGAGCUGCGGGAGCUGCGGAGCUGCGCGCUCGUCUGCAAGCUCUGGCACCGCGUCCUGCACGGCGACGAGAACAGCGAGGUGUGGCGCAGCCUGGCCGCCCGCUGCCUGGCCGAGGAGGCGCUGCGCACCGACAUCCUCUGCAACGUGCCCACCUACAAGGGCAAGGUCCGUGCCUUCCACCACGCCUUCAGCACCAAUGACUGCUCACGGAAUGUCUACAUCAAGAAGAACGGCUUCACGCUGCACCGUAACCCCAUUGCCCAGAGCACGGACGGGGCGCGGACCAAGAUCGGCUUCAGCGAGGGCCGCCACGCUUGGGAGGUGUGGUGGGAGGGCCCACUGGGCACCGUGGCCGUCAUCGGCAUCGCCACGAAGCGGGCGGCCAUGCAGUGCCAGGGCUACGUGGCCCUGCUGGGGAGCGACGACCAGAGUUGGGGCUGGAACCUGGUGGACAAUAACUUGCUGCAUAACGGGGAGGUGAACGGCAGCUUCCCCCAGUGCAAUAAUGCGCCCAAAUACCAGAUAGGUGAAAGGAUUCGAGUGAUCCUGGACAUGGAAGACAAAACGUUAGCGUUUGAGAGGGGCUACGAGUUCCUGGGAGUUGCCUUCAGAGGACUGCCGAAAGUUUGCCUGUACCCAGCAGUGUCUGCCGUGUACGGUAACACAGAAGUGACUUUGGUCUACCUGGGAAAACCUCUGGAUGGAUGACAUGGAUCUUUCCGUUGGGACAUCGAGCGAGAUGUGGAUGCUUGGGAGGAGAAAUCUGCAUGUUGGUUAGAGGGAAACGAGUAUUAGAGGGAAAACAACGAAGCGUGGCUGUUUGACCAAGAACCACCAAGAGAAUCGUGUGGGGUUUUGAAGCGGAGCACCAGCCAGACUUCAGGAAUUCUGUUACAUUUCCUCUUUCUACCAGGCCAGAAAAAUCCUCAGGGCUGCAGUUGGUUGAGUGGGAAGCUGACACAUGCAUGUUGCAACAGAUUUCAUUGCUAAGGUGGCAGUGCGUGACCUCAAAUAUUUAAGAAAGGAUUUGAUAUAAAACUGCUUGAGGAAAUUACCCUGAGAUUUGUAUGUAGCGUGUUUUGUGAAAGACUCCUGUUUUAAACCUGCUUGUUCCUUCCCUUCCUUCCUUUGGGCCGGCGUGGGCGCCAGAGGAGCGCGCGUCUGCCGCAGCUUUCUUUACAGUUUUUAACACACGGAGAAGCUUGGUCUGUCUGGACUGCUCUUCUCUGGUGUAACGAUACAAAACAUGUGCAGCUAUUUUUAAGUGUAUUUUAAGGGUUGUAUAUACAGAACACGUUGAAAAGAACAGCUUAAAAGAAAGGGUUUGCUUUAUUCUAACUGGGACAUCAUUUCUUAAAGGGAAAAAAACCCAUGGCGUGGCAUCAGAAAAUGCACAGCGGACCGGUCUCGCAUUUGUGUCUGUACAUCUCAUGUGUCGUAAAGUGUUUCAGGACACUUGUGUGGAGCACAGUGCGACACUGGGUCAUUGUCCAUGAAAGCCUCCAUCGCUGUAGCCACAGUUUUGUUCUCUGUAGGAAAUGCAAAUGUUUUCCCCUUGAGUUUCAUUUUGCCAGAAUUUGCAGACCCUUUGGGAAAGGAAGGGCAGCGCCGUGGUGAGCGCAUCGUCCUUCCCACCUCAGAAACACAAACUUCUAAGGCUUUCUUACACUUUCUGAUCAUUGUUGCGAAAUGUUUCAAAGUAACAAGGAAGGAGCAUUCCCUUUCGGAAUCCAGGCCUUGUUUUCAGCUUAAAUGGCUUUAAGACCUUGCUGAACCAUUCUUAAUUAAACAAAAUCCAGCAGUACCCAAGUAUUUACCUGCCUGUUUUCAGUCAGGAUGAAUAAAACUCUCUCCAGCCCUCUGAUGGGGAUUCUGGAUCAGGUUCAGCGUUGGGGCUUUCCGCUGGCACCAGUUUUCUCAACACCACAUGCAACCCCCCGGUGUCAGGGUACGCAGGCCAGGAAGUCGUGGGGUGCGGUGAGGAGGGGCUUUGUGGUGAAACCGCUUUCCUCAAAGGUUGGGGGGGCUGCAGGGAGCCCCAGAGGGGCCUCUGUUGGUCCGUUAGCCCCGCGGCUGGCUCUUGCCUCUGGUUUGUUGUUGGCUGGUGUCUCCCAGCGUUGUCUGAACUGUUUCAGAGCUGGGCAUGCUUUUCGGAGAGGGAGAAGGAAAUGUUUGUGCAAGCUCUUUGUGCUUUAUUUGCGCUAGAGAAUGUGAAUCGCGUCAUAUCAGACACUUGCAAUGCUCUGAGCAUGGAAGGGAGAGGAAUUCUUCUCAGGCUGUUGCUCAUUUUCCCCCGGUGUUACUUGAAUGACCCGAGGAGAGCGAUGUGAGCGGGUGGGUGAGGCUCCUGCUCCGGUGCCGACAAGCUGUCCUUGGAGUGCUUUUUUACCUGGGAGGUAACCACAUUCCGCACUGGAACAGAGCAUGUGUGGGAUUGCUGUUGAAAAGGAUUUUAAAGUAUUUAUUUGCUUUAUGUGGUGUUUUAUUGCUUAAAGGCAAUGUUGAGGUCCGUUGCGCUUGGCUGCGUUAGCAAAACAAUAUACACAGUGAGAAAUGAAGAUGUUUUCAGAGGUGCUUAGAGCAACCGAAUAAAUGAAGUGAGGUGGGCGUAUGAGUAGCUUUUGGAAAAGCCUGUUACAAGCAUUGAUUGUACUGGACUGUUUGUAUCUGCAUAGCUCAACCCUGGGGCAGGGAGCAGGGAGAGAAGGAAACAAACCCUGUCCAGUGUCAGGAAACAAACAUGUCCCGAGGUGAAUGUAAAUGCAGCGCGGUUCUGAAAGGUUUGGCUGCUGCGCUUGGUCAUGAAUCCAAUUAGAUGCAAGUAAACCCUGAGAAGUUCUGAGGAGUUUAGUUCACAAAAUAACACUGUUUUCCAUUCUUCAGACUGCAUCUUGCCCUAGAAAUAAUCUCCCUCUAAAUUAGAUAUGCUGGAAGUUGAACAUUCCUUAAGGGUGGGUUUGAGGGGACUCACUUAUGUAAGAUUAUAACUUAUUCCUGGCGACCAACGCUGGCUGUACAAAAUAUUAAAUAAACUCUGCUGUAAUUCAGAA